AGACGCCCUGGUUCAGAUGCUGCCGCUUUUCUCUCUCUCUCGAACUGCUCCUGUUUCUCUCUCUAAAAAGAAUCAUAAGCGCUUAUUAUUACCCUUUUUCAGGUUUCUCUCUCUACAGCUCCUGCGUCCACUCUGUCUAUUCAACGGGUUCUGUAGUAACUAGUCUCUCUCUGUGACUGUAUCUCUCUUUCUCUCUCUAAGGGGCUCCUCGCAACUGUGCAAGGAUCUCUGCUUUUGACUUUUGCGGUCCUUCUCUCCAUCUCUAAAUAGAACACCGGAAACUGCGGGGAGAAAUGAUGGCUUAGAACCAACAAUUCAUUAUGAGAGAGAGAAUAAAUAAAUGGGGGAUUGGAGAAUAGUGAAUUUUAGCCUGUUUUGCUCUUCAGGCUCAUGGUGAAGAGUGUUUCUCAUACUACAUUGGCUGAAAGUACUGAUUUUUUUCAGAUGAAGAUUGGAGAUUUGCAUGCUAAUUGAGCUGGUGAUGUUGAUUAAUUCUCAUGAUGCGAAGUAUUAGACCCCCAGUAACCAAGCAGGCAACCACACUUUUGGUUGCCCUGAAAUGUCGACCUUUGACAGGGGCAGCGCGGCGGAAGAGCCGUGAUAUCAUUAGAGUGAUCGAUGACAAGAGUGUUCUUGUUUUGGACCCUGACCUGUCAAAGGACUACCUUGAUCGCAUCCAAAAUCGAACAAAAGAGAGGAGGUAUUGCUUUGAUCAUGCAUUCGGGCCUCAAUGCACAAACAAGGAUGUCUAUCAGAAGAGCAUUUCUUCUACAAUUGCAGGAGUUGUUCAAGGUCUCAAUGCCACUGUGUUUGCAUAUGGGUCAACUGGAAGUGGGAAAACGUACACAAUGGUUGGAACUAAGGAGGAUCCUGGAUUGAUGGUUUUGGGCUUGCACACAAUCUUUGAUUUAAUUACAAAGGAUAGAAGCUCAGAUGAAUUUGAAGUGACUUGCUCUUAUCUUGAAGUCUAUAAUGAGUUUCCAAAGACUAUUUUCGUAUUGCAGGUCAUAUAUGACUUGCUGGAUAAAUCAUCUGGGCAUCUGGAGCUUAGAGAGGAUCCUGAUCAAGGUAUAACAGUUGCAGGGCUCAAAUGUAUCAAGGUAAACUCAGCUGAUAAAAUUCUUGAACUCUUAAAUUUGGGAAAUAGCCGGCGCAAAACAGAGAGCACAGAGGCAAAUGCCACAUCUUCACGUUCACAUGCCGUGCUAGAGAUCAUCGUCAAACGAAGUCAGAGAAAUAAGUACUGUAGUCAAGUUGUAAGGGGAAAACUUGCCCUAGUUGAUCUUGCUGGCAGUGAAAGGGCUUCUGAGACAAAUAGCGGAGGACAGAAGCUUAGAGAUGGGGCUAAUAUCAACCGUUCGCUUCUUGCAUUGGCCAACUGUAUCAAUGCUCUUGGGAAACAUCAAAAGAAAGGCCUUGCAUAUGUGCCUUACAGAAACAGCAAGCUAACACGUAUACUAAAGGAUGGUCUGAGUGGUAAUUCUCGCACAGUCAUGGUUGCCACUGUAUCUCCUGCAGAUGACCAAUAUCACCACACCAUUAAUACGCUCAAGUAUGCAGAUCGAGCGAAGGAGAUAAAGACCCACAUUCAGAAAAACAUCGGGACGAUUGAUACUCAUGUUGCAGAUUACCAACGGAUGAUUGACACUCUUCAGGUUGAGGUUUCCCAGCUAAAAAAAGAAUUAGCCGAAAAGGAAACACAGCUGAGUACUAAACCUGUUGAAAAGGCAGCAGAUGAUGAGCUCUCAUGGUUGAAUGUUUUAAGCCAUGAAACUAGUGAAAAUGUUCAGGAACGCAUAAACUUGCAGAAGGCACUAUUCGAACUUGAGGAAAUGAAUCUAAGAAACCGCUUCGAGCUGCAACAUCUAGAUGAUGCUAUUGCCAAACGACAGGCCACCGAAAAGGAUGGAACUGUUGUUCAAGCAUUGAGGUCAAGGAGACAAGUUAUUCUUGACAACAUUCGUGACAAUGAUGAGGCUGGUGCUGAUUAUCAGAAGGAAGUUGAAGUGAAUGAGAAACACCGACGUCAUCUCCAAGAUAUGAUCGAAGAAGCCAUUCGUAAUAAUGGGAACAAAACAUACUUGCAUAUUCUGAGCCAAUACAGGCUAUUGGGAAUGGCUAAUACUGAACUCCAGUUCGAGAUGGCAAUUCGUGAUCAAAGAAUAUAUAACCAAAGGGAAGCACAAAGGAACUUAUGGAACUUGCUCAUGGGUUCUGGCCUUGAUCGUAAGCAGAUAAUGGACCUCGCGACCAAGCAGGGAAUCACAAUAGAAGAUUGGUCCACCCCACCUGGUGGGCUCCACAAAAAUUCUCCAUCAAGGAUGAGAAGCCUGUUUUCCCCAUCAAUGCAUAUUCCAACCAGUCCUAUUCGUUGUGGAGGUGCUCCUUAUUAUGGUUCAGGGGCUCCUGUGCAACACCACCAAGAGUAUUGUUCAGCUGCUUGCUUCAAGGGGCAAUGGGAUUCCCUCUCUCAUACAUUGUGUAGGCAGGAAGAGCACCGAAGCUCUAUUUAUCUCUUGGCUCAUGAUCACUCUCCAUCAGCUUAUCUGGGAUUGAGGAGUGAGCAUUGGACUACCAGAAAUCUCCCAACAUGUUUCUGUACUCCAGAGGCAGGGAGCAAGUCAUACCCUUGGAAUGCAGAAAGUCGACGGUCAUCAACUGGAUCUUCUUGUCUUGAAGGUUAUGGGCAAAUGCAAGAGGAAACAUGGCAUGCAACUCGGCUGCUGCAAGAGUACGGUGGUCACAGCUCAUGUGAAGAAAUGAAAGGCAACAGUCUUCACAGCACAGAGGCCAAAUCCUCUAUUCUCAGUUCUCACCAGGCUUUUUGUAACUCUAGAUACUCAGGGCGCCCUGAUAGACCAUCGCACCCAGCCACAAGCCCAGGUCCAUUUAACUCCACCCCUAACUUCAGAUGUCCCCCCUAUGGUUUUCUAUAGUCUCUCUGUCUCUCUCUCAUAUUCUGGGUAGGUGUAGGCAGGGAAUUUGAAUCUGAAACCACCUUGGGGUUUUGAGCAAACAGCAUCAUAUCCCGAAGGUUAAAGUGUGAGAUCCUUUUAGAUUUUUUGUACCAUAUGUCAAGGAAGUUGUGAACUGUGCUCGUAUCUAUGCAUUCACAAUACAGUGUAAAAAUCUCUUAGAAAAAAGAAAAGGGAAGAGGGAAAAAGGUUAUGCAUAGGCAUCCAAA